UUAGCCUCUUUGAAAUGUUUUAAGUUACUACAACACUGACAUCAAAAUGAAUAUUGCCUUGAGACACUGGAAGGAGGCAGCAACUGUCAUCCUUGCAGCUGGGAAGAGGCAUAAUGGAAAUGUUGAUGUUUUAAAGGGAAGUAUUAGCAGAGUAACAACUGUUCCAUCAGCGAACUGUCCGCUGGGUCUGCCGCCCAAGUCUGCAUUUGAUUAUGAAGUGUUAUUGCUGAAACGUAGUGGUAAAAGUGGAUUCAUGCCGAACGCGUAUGUCUUCCCUGGAGGUUUAGUCGAUUCCUCGGAUUUCUCAAACGAGUGGCUGGAUAUCUUUAAACCUUUCGUGAAAGCGCCGAAUUUUGGUUUAGGAGUGGUGAGACAAUCUCCUGACACUCGACCUCCAAUCUUCUCAACAAACCGGGUGAAGUUAGGGUCUCAGAUACCAGGGGACGUUGCCUUCAGAAUUUGUGCUAUCAGAGAGACAUUUGAAGAAUCUGGUGUGCUUUUGGUCGUUCCUAAAAAGGAACAGGACAGUAUCGUUCAGCGUUCUUCUAAUAAAAACGAACAAGACUCUAAUACCGCAGAAUCACCACUCACAGUAUUGUCUGGCCAGUGGUCCCGAAGUGAAAUCGCUAAAUGGCGGAUGUUGGUUGUUGAAAACCCCUCAAAUUUUAUUAAAAUGUGUAAAGAGCUGGAAUGUUUGCCCAACAUAUGGGCUUUGCACGAGUGGGGCAACUGGCUGACUCCCACAGGCGUCUACGGCAAGCAGAGGAGGUACGACACUGCAUUUUACAUUUGCUGCUUGCAGGAGACCCCCCACACAGUGCAAGACGAAAAGGAAAUAGUUCAUUUUAAGUGGUCUACUCCUUCCGAAGUCCUUCACAGCUACCAGGCCAGGGAGAUGUGGAUAGCUCCACCGCAGUUCUAUGACCUCAGGAGAAUCUGUCGCUUCCCUGAACUGCAAAAACUGCACAACUUCUCCAGGCAGCGUUCACUGCAGGGCUGUGAGCAGUGGUUGGCUGUCCGUCUGAUCUCGCCUAACUUUUACAUAUCGCUUCUCCCAGGUGAUGGACUGUACCCGGACAACGUUAACGACUCCGGACACACCGACAUCAAUAUGAGAACGAGGAAGAGCCUGCGAGAGCUGGAGGAGGAGAGUUCACGUCUUCACCGCAUCGUGUGUCACGACCCUUACACGUCCUCUGUCCAGAUCACCAUCACCCCAAAAUACGGACACGUGGCUCCUCUUUCUGGCCCAGUUCAAAACGACCAGUCAGAACAUGGCAGCAGCAAACUCUGAGCUGGCUGAUUGGGUCGUCAGUAGGACCCAGAAUGUUUGAGCCCCGCCCGGUCUGCUCGGCGCAAUGCGUCAUUCUGUUGGUUGUAGGUCCCCCCCCCCCCGGGAAUGAAAUGAAAUGCAUUGUGUGAGAGGAUCGUCAUUUCCCUCAUAGUUUGUUUUUGCUGGUGUGACUGGAUUGCCUGUAAGACGCCCUACGGGUAAAGACAGUCUUUACUUGACGUGAUUCUGACAUCCCUUGGAUAUGAGAAUCGCAACCAGUCUACGCUGGUGUAGAAUUCACAGACUUGGGAUUUGAAGUUUAAUUCCAAUUUUAAAAACAACUACCUGAAAUGAAUAAGCUAUAUGAUGUUCCAUUGA